CUCUGCGGAGAGGACUGUUCCUGGCCGCGUGCUGCCCGUGCCUCGCGCCGUGCCCGCCAUGGUGGCAGGGAUGCUGAUGCCGCUGGAGCGGCUGCAGGCCAUCUACGAGCUGCUCUUCCGCGAGGGCGUCAUGGUGGCCAAGAAGGACAAGCGGCCGCAGAGCUUCCACCCGCAGCUGCCCGGCAUCACCAACCUGCAGGUGCUGCGGGCCAUGGGCUCGCUCCGGUCGCGGGGCCUGGUGCGCGAGACCUUCGCCUGGCGCCACUGCUACUGGUACCUGACCAACGAGGGCAUCGGCCACCUGCGCCAGUACCUGCACCUGCCGCCCGAGAUCGUGCCCGCCUCCCUGCAGCGCGUCCGCCGCCCCGUGGCCGUGCCCAUGCGGCGCCCCGCGGCCGGCCCCCGGGUGCAGACGGUGCCGGGCCUGGCCAGCUGCCCCCCCAAACGCCAGGCGGGCGGCGAGGAGGGCGGGGGCUCGCGCCAGGCGUACCGCAGGAGAGAGGAGACCCGGGAGCAGCACGUGGAGGCCGCCUCAGCAGGGGGAGUGUCCAGGCUGGCCCCGGAACCCAGCCCUGCCCCAGGUUAG